AUUCUUGUUUGGACGCUGGCGGUUAGCAACGACGCUCUUCCAACGUACAUCAAGGGAUGAAGAGAAUUUCUCGGAUUUUUCGUUACUUACAGUACUUUAAUUAGUGUCAAAGGAAUCAAAGAUUGCGACUGGUUUGUGUAUCGAAGAAGAAACAAAAUAUUAAGAAGCAUGCGACCGGAUUCGCGUAGCGUUUCGUUUACGUUUCACCGGGACGUUCUGAGUGUCAAAAAUUCACCGGAGAUAUCGAAAGAUUCGAAAAAUUUAAGACAACGCCUUCAGGAUCGUUUUGAAAAAGAGAAGUCCAAUGAUUCGAGCAAAGAGAAAACGUUAAAGGACAAACAAACAGGCGAUCGAAGCUGGAAUAAUAUAUCGCUUGGAAAUAUGUCAGCAGAUUCUAGACGUGCUCUGCGGAGCGGAGCCGAGAAAUUGUCCAAAACGAUAUCUUCCGUCCGCACAACAUUUGGAACCAUCUCGCAGAAAUUCAGAAGUUCAACACGCAGGCGGCAGAGACUGGAAGAGCAGCAAUCGCCAAAUAGUAUGUGCAAGAUGCAAACUCCUCAAACACGCUCGCGUCAGCUUCUGGGACGUACGCCGACAAAGCUUUACAGUCCUUUCGGCAUCGAAUCACCCAGGCAUGCAUGGGAUAAAGAGAAUAAAGAAACUCCGUUACAUGCGCCUACAGGAAUUAACACACGUUAUAUUCAGUGCAGGCAAUUCCGUUUUACAAGGAAAGGAUUCUCCAUGUUGAGAUAAAAGCUUCCUAUUUCUUUUUUAAGAUAUACAGAAUGAUCUCUUUACUUCCUAGCAACGCAUUCGAGAUUGCGUGCCUUGUGCAACUUAUAAUUGUCUUAUUUAUUCGAAUUCUUAUUAAGGUAGCGAUUCGCACUGAUAUGAUUAUAUCAUAACGUAUUAUCUACAAUAUCAAGCAGUUUUGCAUGUACAUGUAAUGUAUAAUGUAUUUAUACAAUUUUAUACGUAUUUAUAUCAGUAAUUAUUAUUGAUGCAAUAUCAAAUAAAGAAG